UUUAUACUCUCCUUUUUAGAGAGAACAAGAUACAAACCAAUCCUUGAUCUGAAUUAAUUUGAUUUGUCAGCUAUUGAUUGAUAUUUUGAUAUGUAUGUGUCUCAUGACUCACGGCUCACGCGCAUCCCUAGUACAAUAGGCUUAUAGCUGUGUUCGAGUGUUCGAUGUAACGGAUAGAAUCACGUAAACAUCACGUGACUUUCCCCUCAAUCUUCAGUUUUCAGCCCUAAUUGAGAAGUUUUCUCCCAUUGGUUCUUCAAAUCGGGCGAGAAAGAAAACAGGGCAGGAUUAAUUCGAACUCAAAGGGCCAUACCAGACCACGCUAAUUCGCAAAAUUAGGGUCAGAUACUGCAGGGAUUAAGGACGUGGUUUCUGCAGAGAUAGUGUAUGCAAAUCUGGACUGGAGUUGUAGCAAUUAGCAAAACUACUGUGCUCUGUUCUUCCAAUAUGGAUGUUGGAGGACAUCAUCAACACAGACUGAAAAGGAGUUUAGCAUAUGAAGGUUCCAGUCAAGAUCCAAGGCGUAACACUUGGAGAUACACACAAAACCCGAGGCUCCAUGACCGCAGAUUCUAUGAGCCUCGUAGGUGGCAAGGAAUUAGGGUUGACUGUAAUAAUGAUCUUCAGCGUCCUAACCAAUCAUAUGGGGCCUCUCAGGGGUAUCACUCUAGAUUCAAUCACAACAAAGUCAGUUUCUUUGACCCUCUUACCGUUCCCUCUGGCUGGUUGAACUGCCCUCCGUAUGGUGAUAGCAUUGGUUAUCUAAUCCCGUCAAAAGUUCCUCUCAGUGAAGCUUUUAACAAGAAUAUCAGUCGCAUAAAAAGAUACACCCCAAAUCAAGCUAUUUAUGAGCAAAGGUGUCUAUGCAGAGAAAUAGGUUUAGUGAUUGAUUUAACAAACACAUUUCGCUACUAUCCGGAAUCAGAUUGGACAAGCCAGGGUAUUAGAUAUGUUAAGAUUAGGUGUCCCGGAAUGAACUUUCCUGAUGACGAGUCUAUCAAUAUAUUUAUUGAUGAGGUCACCAAGUUUAAAUCUCAGCCAGAGAAUGCAAAUAAAUAUGUUUUUCUUCAUUGUACACAUGGCUACAACCGUACAGGCUACAUGAUUGUUCAUUUUCUUGUACGUAUUGAAAAGAUUACCGUCACUGAGGCAAUAGCUAAAUUUUCCAAUGCUCGUAGUCCUGGAAUUUACAAGAAGGACUACAUUGAUGCAUUGUACAGUUCUUUUCUCGAAAGCAAACCUGAACUUGUUGUUUAUCCUAAAACUCCUGAAUGGAAGAAGCAACCUGAUCGGAGAGAAGAUGCUACUUCUCCUUCCCAUAAUACUGUUAUUAGAGCUUCAUCUAUAUGCAAUGAUGCUCUGCGAGAUCGUGCUUCACUUGGAGAUAUUGAGAAAAUGAGGUAUUUCUGCAAUUCUGCACUUGACCUGCAUGUACAGGCAUGGCAAAACACAGAAUUUCCGGGGUCACUUCCCGUUCCUCUAACCAGGAAAAACUUACACCUCCUAAGGGAACAGUGUUACUAUGUUACAUGGAAAGGUUAUGGGACACGAUAUAUGAUGUUAAUAACCCAUGAUGGUUGUUAUUUGAUUGAUAGAAACUUUCAUUUUCAAAAGAUCCAGUUGCGGUUUCCUUGCAAAAAUAUUUUUGAGGGAAUAACCGAAGUUACUCAUCAAUACACGUUACUUGAUGGUGUGAUGGUAUUUAACACUGAACAGGAAACACAGCAAAAGAGAAGAUACAUCAUCUAUGAUGUGAUAGCAAUUAAUGAAGUACCCGUUGCCAAGCUACCACUUCAUGAAAGAUUGAUGCUUAUUGAGGAUGAGGUGAUCAAACCCCGAAAUUAUGAGCGUGAUUUAUUGUGCAAGGGUGAUAAUGCUUACUACCAAUAUGACCUGGAGCCAUUUGAAGUAGCGAGGAAAGAGUUUUACCACUUAUCUGCUUCUACUAAGCUUGUCAAAGAGUUCUUGCCAUUUCUUUCAGAUGCAACGGAUGGUCUUAUUUUUCAAGCCUGGAAUGAUGCUUAUAGACCUUGGGCACAUGAAGGACUUUUAAAGUGGAAAUAUCCAAGAGGAUAUACAGUGGAUUUUCUUUUUAAGGCGGGUGUCAAUGAUGAUUAUGCACUUUAUUUGCAGCACUAUGGAAGGAAUAAGCAAAUGGAUGGAUGUCGAGUGGAAUUUCGAGAUGCAUCAAAUCUGUCUUCAUAUUCAGGUAAGAUCUUAGAGUGCUCCUGGGAUCCAAAGAGAGGAAUUUGGGUCUUUGUGCGAACAAGGAGAGAAAGGUUAGCUCCAGACAGUGUCAACACCUAUGAGAAGCAGGUUAAACAGCGAAUGGAGGAUGAUAUCGCAACAGAUACACUGUUGAGUGAAAUUAGUGAGGUUUUAGGGCUACCAAUAUAUUCUGAGAGCAGACAAGAUGAUUGGAGAUUUACUUUAUAAUUGCCGUACAAGAAGCUUUUUCAUGCGAUGAUUCCAUGAUAGCAACUUAGGCACAAUUGUUUAGAAGUUACAAAAGCACAUUACUGAUCUCUAUUCCUCCACUGCCUUGGAAGGACAACAAUGAUGAUUGUGAGUUCUCAACAGUAUCUUUUAUCACUAACCUUGAUAGACUUGACACCAGUGAAUUAUUUAGUUGAGGGUUCUGCCAAUGCUGAUAGGAUUUAUGAAAAGUGGAGUGUAUCUGUGUAUGUUAACAAUUGAGAAAUGUCAAAAAUUCGGCAGAAAAUGAUAUGAGCACCGUUGCUGAAGAUGAUGACAACAGUAGCCCUUUUUGAAUGUGAGGGGAAAUCGGAAUUUUCUUUGAGAACUAAAGACAGACGUGCCAAUGCACCAUUUGCUACAGCUUGUAAAGGAAAAAUUGGGACAGAAGGAGAAAAUGAAGCGAGGGGCAGUGGCUAAUUCUCCUGUUCCAUCAGUUUAAUUUACUGAAUAACAUGUUCUGUGAGCUCAUGAAUGCUGGCAUAUGAUGGGAAUUAUAAGGUGAUAAACUCAAGCUGUUGUAGUAAACCUGGCCAAGAUAUGUAGCAGCUCCGUGGCCAUUGUCUUGAGUGAGCAUAGGCUUAUCAUCAUUGAACUGUAUUUAACUCAUUAAGAAGAGCAGUUGCCAGUAGGGUGGGCAAGGGUCUCUAUCGGACCUAGAGGGAUUCUUUGGCUAACUUUGUAACAUAUACUGCAGAGUCAAAGCACAAUUGACAUAUGUAGACAAGCAGUAGGGUGAUAAUAGAGGCAUAGAGCUGUGUGAUGAAAAAGUGGAGAGAAAUUCGUAGGAGUUCCAUUGUAGCAGUAGAAGUGAAGGCCCGGGGAAUGGUGGUGUCUUCUGAAUGUGUGAACAAAGUUUCUAAGAAUCAAAUACAAGACCUCUGCUUCUCGUUGAUGUCAAUGUUUUUGUGUUAUUUAUGAAUCAAUGAUAUAAAAAGGUACGUAAUUCAUACUGUGGCUUGAUACA